UAGUCAAUUUAUUUCGGAAACCAAACCUAAAUCUCGUGUUUCAUACCUCUCCGAUACCGGAAAUCUCGUGUUGGGUGAAAGAACCUGUCAUCUGAGAGAAGCUACAAUGGCGAAGCGAGAGAUCAGUAGCACUCUGAGAAAUCUGAAGUUUAUGCAAAGGUCUGCUUUAAAAGAGGAGAAGAAGAAGAAGAAGAUUGAUGAUGAUAAUGCGAAUUUUACUCCUUCCCCCGGUUCUGUUUCAAAGAAGUGUGUGGUCAUAACAGACUGGGAUCCUCAGCCAAGAGCGUUGUUAGGACGCUUGUCGUUUCAGUCUUUCAACCCCUCUAUCGAGAAACUGAAUGAAGAAGAGUCGAUAACCGGUGGAAAAACAGAUGCUUCUCCCACAGUAGGCUCUAGCGGUAAUGGAGGAAGGAUGUCUUUUAGUGAACCCAAGGUUGAGACAAGCCAGGAAACAAAUGGUGACUUGAAAAGGAAACAGUCUCAGGAGGGAGUCUCUGAGGAACAAAAACAUCCAAGCAAGUCCCCUAGGAGCAGUGACAAACCAUAACCGAGCAACAAAAAAGGCAACGGUUUCAAGAAACCCAAGAGCUGGCAACCAAAACCUCAAACCAAACACUAGCUUAACUUCAAUCAUCCUAGUUCAAAUUUACUUCACACCAGCUCAAAUGUGAUAUAGUAGAUCAUUCAUUGCAUUUUCUGUAUCAUCAUUCACGUGGUGUAGCAACCCAUUUGAUAUAUUUAUACCACAAAAGUUUUGAAUUUUCUA